GAAAGGGCCACAUGAAGACGCUAACCGGGACCAUGCAGACUUCCAGGCUGCUCAGCGGGGCACUGCUCUGCGCACUGCUGCUGCUCUCCAGCGUUGCUGGAGCCGAAGUGUUGGACACAGAGUCCGAAGAGGAGCUGAGCCCCAGAGCACUGCGGGACUUCUACCCAAAAGGUCCGAACCUAACCAGUGAGAAGCAGCUGCUUGGAGCUCUCCAAGAAGUUCUUGAAAAGCUGCAAGCUAAACGGCUGCCUUUAUGGGAAAAGAAAUUUGGCCAAGUCCCAACGUGUGAUGUCGGGGAGCAGUGCGCCGUGAGGAAAGGCGCACGGAUCGGCAAGAUGUGCGACUGUCCCCGGGGAGCUUUCUGCAACUUUUUCCUGCUGAAGUGCUUAUGAGUCUCGCCGGAUCUGAAUGUAGCUUUGAGAUGGGGAGAAAAAAAACUGUCACACGAUUCCUUUGUAAUUACUGUCAUAUUUUUUAUGAUACAGCUGAGGAGCAGGUGCGGUGAUUGCCUAACCCUUACGAAAAAGAACUAUCGUAGUUCUAUGAUAAGUAUAUAUAUUUAAAAGUAUGUUAUAUCACAGAAAAACUAUAAGUCUCUGUAAGGAUAUUAUGGCGACGGACAGGAGGUGAGAAUACCAUAAAGUUCCUGUAAAUAUUCAGAACCACUUUUUGUCUGUUGAAAAAUCACAGGAUCAUUGUUGUGAUGUAGCCUAUAGGAGCUAAGAAAAAGUCUUUAACAGCAAUAUCAUGGGAACAUAGUGAUUCUUCGUCUGGAAACCCCCCAAAACCUGUCUUUUGAACUUGAACUAUUUUGUUUCAGAUGAAUGUUGGUGUAGAUUUAUGAAAAAUAAUAACAAUAAACUGUGGAUCAUCUUGUUUUGUAAAGCAGUGGAGUGGCCGCUUAUUGUUUUAAAAUGUUGGUCCAUCGUGUAAACACACAGGCCGUGUGUCUGUUAUAUGACGCGCAUGUUUGUGUCAGCUCGGUCAAUAUCUGAACGUGGACGUGACGGCAAUCUGUGACGUCACACGUCCCGGGGCCCCUAAUUGGCAAAAACAUGGAUUAAUUUGAAACCUAUCCGCUGCAGAGGAAGUAGUUAUGAACC